AUGUCUGGUCUCGAAAUUGUCGGUGUUGCGGCCAGUAUCAUCCAGGUUGCAGACUUAGGCACUUCCCUAUCCGUCAAACUAUUCUCCUUUUACCGACGAGUCAAAAACGCCAACGAGACUAUACAGCUCUUAUCAAACGAGGUCGCACUUAUUAGUGCCAUUCUGCGCGAGCUUGGUGAUAGUUUGAAAGGGCAAGAAGCAUCCAAGCUCUGCUCCGACGAAGCAUUUCAAACGCUGAAGUGUGUCCUGCAGCAGUGUCGCGACGUGCUUCGACAAAUUGAAAAAGUUGUCUGUACGAAUGAGCAGUCUGGCAAGAGCCGUUUGCAACAGGUCACUGGGAAAUUUAAGCUCGUUCUACUAGAACCGAGUCUAAAUCCCCUGAAAACCGACUUGGAAAGGCUGAAGUCAACAAUGCUGCUUCUGCUCAAUGUGAUUAUGUUUGCUGGGAAGGUUCGCAAUCAUGAUAUACCGAAUGAUCAAGAGCAGCGUGCUCUGAUAGAGGCGCUAUUACGGGAGAAGCAUCUUGAAACGAAUGGUGUAAACAGUCCUCCACCAAACUAUCAACAGACUGAGCACAUGGUCGACUCGAAAUUUCCAAGAGAACCACCAAAACCACUUCCAGUCCAAAAAGUCCAGUUCGCCGAAGUGAAUGAGUACAACGCAUUGAUUCAUAAAAUGCUGGACGAAAUUGAUUCCUGCAAAUCCAAACUCGAGAAAAGCCGCUGUUUAAGAAUAAGAAAAGGCGUGCUGAGUAUACAUGACAGCGAGAUUAUUCGAUUCCAAAUCACUCAUGGGCAUUCUGUUCUCCAUCAUUUUGAUAAGUCACUACUGAGCGACGAGAACGACAGCACAGAAAGUCCAAGGGUUCACACUGCCUUGCCAGUGCCCAUCCCUGACGCUCCCUUAAAGCUGACCGGAGGACCCUGUUCGAACAUUCCCCGGUUCGACGGUCUAGGAUUGCCAAAGGCGGAAGCAGAGGCGCCCCAUCAGGUCUAUAGAAAGGCGCUGGGGGAAGAGGACCUUGCGAGACUUGCAGGUCCACCCAUGCUACGUUCGCCCGAAUCAAUAUCCCGUCAGACCGCACGUAAAACUUCCAUUGUCGAGAUGUCCGCUGCCGCCGGCAGCAUUCAGGACUCCAGCGAGUUACAGAGCUCCUCUCGCGACGAGCCUGAACUACUCGAGAUUGAGCGGACGCAGAAGAAACAGUACCUCUCCGAUAAGGAAAAGGCUUAUGGCGAGACUGACUAUAACCCCACGGUGAUCGCUGAAAACAAGACCGGCUCACCGAUUGUGCCGGGCAAAUCGACGACUCCCACCAAAAUCACCUUUACGGAUCAAAGACCAGUUCACCGUGGCUACUCUCGGACCCGGGUAACAGCCGAAAUAGAUGGCCAGGAAACUGAAUUUAUCUGGACGGACCCAAUAAGGAAUGCCACCGGCACAUCAUCCAACAACCGAGAGCAUUCUCGCUCGGGACCUAAUCGUUCUACUACGCUUCGUACUCCUGCCGCUUAUUCUCCUGUAUCGGCUGCCUAUUCUCCUACUUCACCCGCCUAUUCUCCAACCUCUCCCGCCUUUCCCCCUACAUCACCCUCCUAUUCCCCAGUGUCACCCUCCUAUUCCCCAUAUUCGCCAUCUUACUCUCCUGUAUCACACUCAAACAGGGAACUUGGUCGGUCUCCUGCGUUUUACUCUCCUCGGUCUCGAGGACUGUCUGGGGAGGAUUCCGAAGCAGAAGAAAACUCUCAUCCGGAUUCUCUCUCGGCGGCGGGGACACUGAUUCCGCUCCCGGAGAGUUUCGAAGACUUACUUUUGCGCUGGACCAAGCUUAGGCUGGAUGAAGUUGAAGCGCUCUGA